AUGGCCAAAGAAGGCGCGCGAGAGCGCGAAAUGCACAGGUAUUAUCAGCCAUGGCUCGAGACGUUCAUGUCCACCGACUUUGAACCUGCCACGCUACUACCGCCGCCUGCGGGACAAGCAGAUGGGCACCACCCUCGGUCAUCGCGGGACAAGGCGCUGACCGCUUUUGCGCAAUUGGGCUGCCUGCGGCUGAAUGUCAAAAGAUGCGUCGUCACGCUACUCGGCACUACCAAGCAAUAUAUCAUCGCCGAGGCCACCAAGACCCUGUCCCUGUUAGACGAUGCACAGCAUGGCGAAGGCGACGAACUGUGGUUUGGGAAUUCUUUCAUUGAACGAGAAGGUGGAAUCUCGGCCGAUGCCAUGGACCCUGAUCCGUACACCGCCCAAGACCCAGACGGCUCCACGUUCACCGCGCCGGCGUUGGUCGUCAGCGAUAUUGCUGCGCAUGAGAGCUACAAAACCAGAGGUUAUGCCGGUCAUGGCGUGAAUUUCUAUUGUGGCGUACCCAUCACCACGAAUCAUGGCCAAGUCAUCGGAGUCUACACGGCCACCGACGACAAGCCGCGCGACAGCAUCUCAGCUAACGAAUUGCGUUUUCUCGUCGACAUGUCUGCUAUAGUCAUGCAGCACCUAGAAACCGUGAGAAACGACCGUACCAGGAAGAGGGGAGAACGUCUCAUUCACGGCAUAGGGCGUUUUAUCGAGGGAGAUGUGGGCGAGGAAAGCGAAAGUCCAGACCCGGACGCCAGCUCCAACGAAACUAAGAUGAAUGCUACUUUGGAUCGACCGACGCUUUCACACAACAACAAGUCACCUGAAUUUCUGGGCAUGGUCAUCAAGGACGCAAAUGAGCCGUCUGAAGAAUCCAAGCGCACGAGCAGUCGCCCUCCGAACCGCCAGGGUGAGCCACUACGGCAGAAGUCCUCAGACCCAGGGCAGGGAAGCGACCUCGGCCAGCAGUCCAAAUCAUCAUCGAACCCUCAAACAGCAGCGGCACGCAAAGAAAAGGUGAUCAGGGAUUCGCAGCACGUAUUCGACCGUGCGGCAAACAUACUCAGGCACUGCCUGGGUUCAGAUGGCGUGAUUUUCUUCAACGCAAGUUCCGCAAACCUGAGUUCAGGUUCUCGAAUGGACACCUCUGGAUCUGUGGCGAGAGUCCACCAUUCCAAGUCGAAAGAGAACCCACUGUCCGCAAAGCAUGACGGUGCAGAGGUCCAAGAUCUGGAAGCGGAUAAGCCGACUAACGACCAGUCAUUGUCUAGUGACGAUUCCGCUUCAACACGAGGCCAAAGCGAUUCAUCUUCUUCGCAGAAGAAAGGGCGGCAGAAGGGUGAAAUUCUGGGCCUUGCUGUGCUUGAUUCCACCAAGACAGUCAGCAUUCCGGAGCAGGCUUUGCGCCGUCUGGUGCGACGUCAUCCAAAGGGAAAAUGCUUUACAUUCGACCAAUUUGGGAAGCCUGCAUCAAGCGAUGAGAGUUCCGACUCGAUGUCUGCAAAUGAUGCCGCCAAGGACGCACACGACCAUCCCAAUGCUAACAGACAUGUCUUUACAACAAGUACUCUGCUGAGAGCACUUCCAGGAGCGAGGACCAUUAUUUUCCUACCCCUAUGGGAUAUUGCGAAGCAACGAUGGCACUCUGGACUGGUAGUCUGGAGCAAUGAUGGAGGGAGUCUGACGAAUGUCGAGGACAACAUGAUUUAUCUGAAAGCAUUCAGCAAUGCGAUUAUGAACGAGGUCAACCGCAUCGAUCUCGCCCUCUCCGACACAGCGAAAUCAACCUUCCUGGCAAACAUUUCGCAUGAGCUUCGUUCGCCACUACACGGUAUCCUGGGCAGCAUCGAAUUCCUCCACGAUACUGCCAUGGAUGAUUUCCAGUCAUCCAUGGUUAUAAGCGUUGAGACAUGCGGAAAGACGUUGCUGGAUACUGUCAACCAUGUGCUUGAUUACGCAAAGAUCCACAAUCUGUCGAGGGCUCACCGUCAUGCCAAAGGACCCACACCAGGUUCUGAACAUCCGGGCAGGCCUGAAACCAGUCUUACCGAAGAUUUUGACCUUGCUAUUGUGGUCGAAGAAGCCGUUGAAGCAGUCUACGCUGGUCAGGUCUUCCGUACUGCCAAUGCUGACGCGUUGGAGGGCAAAUCGCCAAUCCAAACAGCAGCGAGCCGCGCUAUGCAACAACGACAGGAUAGAAGAGACAACAUCAGCAAAGGCUCCGCUCAACGGAAGAGUCCUGUUCGUCUCACUCUGAAUAUUGAUGACGACUUCAAUUGGAGGGUCAGAUCCCAGCCUGGCGCUGUCAGGCGGAUCGUCAUGAAUAUCCUGGGCAACGCAUUGAAAUACACGAGCAAGGGCAGCAUCAAUGUGUCGCUUGAAGUCGAUCGCUCUCGCAGCAAGACUUCUUCAAAUUUACACUUGGUGCUUCAGGUUUCUGACACGGGCCACGGCAUGUCAGAAGACUUCAUCAAGAACCAUGCCUUCACUGCCUUCUCCCAGGAAGACUCGCUAGCCAGUGGCACGGGACUUGGUCUCAGCAUUGUGCGGCAAAUAGUUGACUCGCUUGGAGGGAAGAUCGACCUGUCCAGUGAGAAAGACCUUGGUACCGACGUACGAAUCUGGCUCAGCUUUCCAAAGAGUCGGAAUGAAGCGGGCGCGGAUUCGGACUCUCAUAUCCUCCCCGAGAUGAGGGAGCGGACAACCGGCCUCGAAAUCUGUAUGCUCCUGCCCUACGACGAGAAGAGCACCGACAGUAGUACCCGCUCCCUUAUCCCUAUGCCCACGAUCGAAUCGUCAUUGCGGAACUUGAUUGACCAGUGGUUCCGCAUGAAAGUAACCACUACCAAGACGAUGGAGGGUCUCUCACCCGACUUCUUCAUUUACCCUGAACCACCACCUAUCGACUAUCUGAUGGACUUUCAUGGGAAGCCUAAUUCAGAUUUCGAGAUCCCAGUGAUCAUCCUGUGUACCAAUGCCUUCGAAGCAGCAUCAUUGAGGUCCAAUGGAGUGCAUUACCUAACAGAUAUUGGUAGAGUCAUCGAAGUGAUUGCUCAACCAUGCGGUCCUCAAAAACUGGCGAAAGUACUUCACCGCUGCAUGCAACGGUUGCGCAUACUGAAAGAAGAGAAGGGGAAAAAGAAAUUCAGUCAGAACGUCUCCCUAACAUUUAAAAAGAAUCAAUCCAAAACCGAUUGCUCACCAACGCGAGAUCACACCAGUUCCGACCAGUCCAGAGACUCCGGCGAUGCAGAAGACCACAGUCUUCCGGCGCCAGACCCUACCCCGGGCAGUCCUGGCCGGGACUUAAAACGUGCUGAUCUGUCAGGGUCCCCCUCCGAGAACCAGUCCCGGUCAAGACGGCCAUCCUCGACGAACACGGGUACAAUAGACGAGCCAGGGUCGAUGGACGCGGCAGCAGCCGCAGAUGGUGAAGCCAUACCUCCUACGCUCGAAUCCGAUAGGCCGCGCGUGCUUGUCGUCGACGACAAUCAGAUCAACCUGCACCUCCUGGUCACUUUCGUGCGUAGAUCCGGGCACCCUCACGACUCUGCCACCAACGGUCUCGAAGCAGUGCAGACGUACAAGAAAUCCGUCCAAGAAGACGGUGGCAAACGCGCGUUCAAGUACAUCCUCAUGGAUAUCUCGAUGCCCGUGAUGGACGGUAUGUCUGCCACGAAAGAGAUCCGCAAGUUUGAAAAGGACCAGGGCAUCAAGACGCCAGCAAAGGUUAUCGCCCUGACUGGUAUGGGCAGUGAUAUUGCGCAGAACGAGGCUCGGCACGCGGGCUUUGAUCAGUUUCUGAGCAAGCCGGUAAAGUUCAAAGAUUUGGUCAAGUUGCUUGUUUGA